AUGGCUGAAGCCGAAGGGGGUGCCGUGCUCGAAGUUGAUGGAGGUGGUGAGAGUGUGGUGUGCCGCUCCUGCUGCAUGGGGCCAGCAGGCAGGCGGAACGACAUUGCCGGACAGGAGACAGCCUGUCAGCUCCUGUCGCCUGUCUGGGCAGUAAGCCUCAGGGAUCUCCUAGCCAUGACCGAGUUGAUGCCACAUGCAGACCUGCAGGCCAAGGGCAUUGUUGUCGAGUGGAAGAGGGACAGCGGUCGCAGACUCGUCUUCGUCUCCCACCAGUGGGUGAGCUGGCGGGGCCCCGAUCCAAACAUGAGGCAGUUCAGCGUGUUGCAGAAGUGGCUUCGCCGUGUGAUGGAUGGCACCGUCAAACGCAUCGAGGGUGACCUCCUCUACCAGCUUCUCUUUCAGAGGCCUAUGCUCAUGAACACAAAGGAUUUCGCAACUGGGUUGGAGGAGUCUUUGUUCUGGUACGACUAUUUCAGCAUCCCGCAGCCAGCCAACAGCGACAGCUCGUACAGCGACAUGGAGAGUUUUAACAAUGCAGUCAACUCGAUCCCUGCGUUUGUUGAGUUGAGCUCCUACUUCAUCGUGAUCUGCCCCCCGGUGAUGCAUGAGGACACAGGUGUUGUCUGCGACAAGGCUUCCUGGAUGUCUCGUGGCUGGUGUUUGCUGGAGGGACAGUCCCGAGAGCUCGCGUCUAAGGGGGGCGCAGUGAUCGUAGUCAUGUCUGAAACGUCGUGCCACCUGAUGAACUCGCUGGAUACCUUGAGAGCUCCUGUUGGCACGGGCAGCUUCUCGUGCUGCGCGAUGAACCACCAGCUGGAUGGUAAACCCCUGCCGUGUGACAAGCUCAAAGUUGCCGGCAUCGUCAGACGUCUCCACUCCGGCAAGCUGAUGCAGCUCGAGAGGGACAGCGAUGAGGCCGCGCGCAAGCUGAUGCUGGCUCGCAGAAGCAUGCUUCUCCGCGGGCUUCCCCCGCCGGGCACCGCAGCUGGCGAGGGCGAGACUGGCAGCGGGGACCAGGGCGCUCCCUCCGUGGAGCGCUGGUUGGAGGCCUACAAACUGAGUGGCGUUGAGGACGGGUUGCGGACUGGCUUCACAGCGCUGCGUUUCGCGUGCAUCGAGGGCAAUGCGCCCAUUGCGCGUGCCCUCAUCGAGGCUCGCGCCUCACUUGAGGCACCCACGAGAGAGGACGUCCCAGACAUUUUCCACCCAGCAGGCAGCACGAUACUCCAUUCCGCCGCGAUGUUCAACGACUGUACGGAGAUCAUGAAGCUGCUCAUUGACGCACGGGCGGACCCUUUCUCAAAGAAUUCUUUGAAGAACACGCCCAUGUACACCGCGAUCGCUGGGAGGAACACGCUCAAUCUUAAGUGGUUGUUGGACAGCGGCUUCGGGUCAAUCCACGAUCGAAAUGGCUAUAACCUCACGCCCCUCAUAAAUUGCGGCCUCUUCGGGGCACAGGAGGCUGGAAUCUACCUCAUUGAGGCCGGCUCCGACGUCAAUGCGGUCAAUGAUGGGGGAGCCUGUGCGAUCAACGACACGGUGGUCUCGAACUCGCCAGAGCUUUGCUCCCGCUUGCUUGACGCUCGCGCGGACAUAAACCACCAGGUGAGCGACGUUACAAAACCCUGGCGAUUGCGCGGACAUUGGUGCGUAAGCUGCCCGCGUCAGGUCGCGUGUCAGUGCCCUCGUUUCCGCGCGACGUGCCGCGCUGACGGCCUGCGUAAUCCACCGCGUAAGGUCGCUAUGUCGUCCUGCGCGAGACCCUGUUUUUUCGUCUCUCAGGUAGUUCCCUCCUCGAUCCUCUUCCGGGCAAUCUUCGGCGUCUCGAAUGGCCUUCGCAUCUUUGGGAAUUCCCUCGAGUUCUUUCAGAUCUUCGGCCACGCGAAGGGCUGCACGCCUCUGAUGUGGUGCGCCCUCUUCGGGCGUGCGCAGAUAACGGACCUGCUCCUGAAGGCUGGCGCCGACACGGCCGUCCGGAAUUGCAACGGGUACACGGCCAUGGAGCUUGCCAAGGAGCGUGGCUUCAUGGAAAUACACGCCAUUCAUCAGAGCUGGACGGCCCGACGCGGGUUGCCAGCAGCAUGA